AUGGAUCGAUUCCAGAUGGUCUUCCAGUACUUCCAGUCUAAUUCAGACACAGUGACAAAUGGGAUCUGUGGGCUAUUAGCAUUGGCAAGUGUGAAGAUUUACACCGUCUUUGAUUUCAAUUGCCCUUGCCUUGUUAAAUACAACAUGGCCUAUGGCUUAGGAAUAAUGUUUAUCCCACCAGUAGCACUUUUUCUCUGUGGGCUCAUUGUCAACAGGCAAUUUGUUAUGAUGCUUGAGGAGUGGAGGAGACCAACUGGAGAUAGAAGGAAGAAUCCAUCCAUUAUCAGGUACAUGUGUUCUUCUGUUAUGCAACGGGCUAUGAUAGCACCCACCAUUUGGAUCCUAGUCACUCUUCUUGAUGGGAAAUGUUUUGUCUGUGCCUUCAGCAAUUCCAUUGAUCCUGAGAAUUUUCCAGGUUUUGCUGCCAACAUCACCACCUAUGAUGCCUUACAACACUUCCUUGCCAAAAUCCCAUGUAAACAUGAUGAGUUGAUGAGGAAUAACACUUCCCGCAAGGCAGCGUCCAGGUAUCUCAAAUGCUGUUCACAAGCUUUUGGUUGGAGUCUUCUUUUAAUCCUCAUCGUGAUGGCCUUCCUUGCUCAUUCUCUCAAGCCCUGCUUCAAUCAUGCCUCCUUUUUGCAAACCCGUUACUGGAGCAAUUACAUUGACCUUGAACAAAAACUAUUUGAAGAGACCUGUUGCGAACAAACGCGGGACUUUGCACACAAGUGUAUCCUCCAUUUCUUUGAGAGCAUGCAGACAGAAAUCAAGCUCAGGAGGUUUAAUGCCUACACAGAAGAAAAGGGAGCAAAAGCAAAGGAAAAUAUUCAUUUGAAUGGCAUCACUAGCCAUGAGCAAAUAAGCAAAUUUCUUUUGUCCUGGUACAAUAGGAAACCUCCACUGGAUUUGAGCCAAGCAUACAGGCAAAGAGAUUAUACCUUUGCGUUGGACAGGCAGCACAAUUAA